AUGAAAUAUUUUGGUGAUGAUGAUGAUGUUGUUGCUGCUGAUGGUGUUAAUCUUCGAGGAUUGUCUGAUAUUUUAUCAAUUUGUGCAAAUGGAAGUGGCGAGUACCCAGAAUCCAAUCGAUCUCCUCAAACUUAUCAUGUUCGAUCAAUCCGCCAUACCUUGUUGGUAAGAUUCUAUGUUCAGUCAACUAUUUCACCAUGUCAAGAAGUUGCUUCUUCGAUUGCCUCCUCUGGAAGUUCAACAUUGAUAAAAGUGACAAACGCUGGCGAUCGAUUAGAUUAUCCAAUUUCAAGAGAUAUCGUACCACCUCCAUUUGAUUGUAAUUUGCAGCACAUCGAUACAUUUCAUUAUUAUCUCUGUGCUCCGAGUGGUUUUCCAUCAACCAUUCAAUAA